GAAACCGAAAGGUAAACAUGCACCGCUAUCACGCAUGGCAUUCCUUCCGCAAGGAAGCCCUAGAUUCACAAUGAGUUCGCAACCGAUUGUGGUACCUGGUGGAGAGAAUCAACGUCUGCAAGGAGAAACUUGUUCUGUAUCUGUUGGAAGUUCAGCAGAUACCUUUAAGACUAUGACACCACCAAACGUCAGCCGAUCCCUCAGUCAACCAGCGGAUCGAGAACCUCGACGAAGCAGCAUUCAAGCACCGUCUACACCAUUACCUAAACUUCCAUCAACCGAGUCCCUUUCAACAAGCAUAAACAUUACAACUGGUGCACCUUCAUUUUUUUCAGGAGUCUCUGCAGGUGAAAGUAGCCAAAAAAUGGAUAAUUCUUCAGAUAAGUCAAUGGAUUCUUGCAAAUUAACGCGAAAGGAAUCAUACAAAGCUCAGAGAAAAAAUUAUCGAAUGGAAAAGAAAAGAGUGGCCAAUGAACUUUUAAGUUCUUUUAAAGAUCCAACUGUUAUUGUUAUGAGUGAUUGGUUAAAAGUUCGCGGCACAUUAAAAAGUUGGACCAAAUUGUGGUGCAUUCUGAAACCUGGAUUAUUACUUCUAUACAAAAGUCCAAAAACAAAGAGUAAUCAUUGGGUAGGAACAGUACUACUUAAUACAUGUCAAGUUAUAGAACGUCCAAGUAAGAAAGAUGGAUUUUGUUUUAAAUUAUUUCAUCCUUUGGAGCAAUCUAUAUGGGCUCCUCGAGGACCAGAAAAAGAAGCUAUUGGUGCUGUCGUACAACCAUUGCCAACUUCUUACUUAAUCUUUCGAGCACCAUCCCAAGCGGCAGGCAAAUGUUGGUUAGAUGCACUUGAAUUGUCGUUACGUUGUUCUUCAUUAAUAGUGCGUUCGACAAGCGCAUUACCGCGUCCUUUAACACAUGAUGCAACUACUACUCAUGAAACUCAGUGGAGCGAAGCUGAUUAUGAAAAGCACUUUGAUGAUCAUGACCUGGACGAUAUUAGUCAACCGGAAAAUGGAGUAGCAGCUGAUGCUGAAAUCAGUGCCUCUGAUAGCGAAUCUGAGGCAUCGGCCAAAGAAGAUCAAUCAUCAGAACCAAUUACCGAAACACCAUAUGUAGCUAAUGAAAACGAAGUUCUUGGAACGGCUGGCGAAGUCGUUACGGAACUGCAAGAAGAACAAAAAUCUUUGAUAUGGUUCUUAAUGAAACAAGUUCGUCCUGGGAUGGAUCUGUCUAAAGUUGUAUUACCAACUUUUAUUCUUGAAUCACGUUCAUUUCUAGAAAAAUUGGCUGAUUCAUACUAUCACGCUGAUUUAUUGUCGCAAGCAGUUUUGGAAGAUGAUGCAUUUACACGUAUGAAAGCUGUAGUGAAAUGGUAUUUAUCAGGAUUUUAUAAGAAACCACAAGGCUUGAAAAAACCGUACAAUCCACUUUUGGGCGAAACAUUCCGUUGCUAUUGGCAACAUCCUAAUGGUUCAAGAACAUUCUACUUAGCUGAACAACUGUCGCAUCAUCCGCCUAUCUCAGGAUUUUAUGUGACAAAUCGUCAAGAUGGAUUUACUAUUAGCGCUACAAUUAUUGCAAAGUCAAAAUUUUAUGGAAAUUCAACCUCUGCAAUUUUGGAUGGUGUCGCCAUAUUAACGAUGCUACCAAGAGGCGAAGACUAUACAAUGACAAUUCCUUAUGCACAUUGUAAAGGUAUUUUGAUGGGAACACUGUCUAUGGAACUCGGUGGAAAAGUAAAUAUAAUAUGCGAAAAAACCGGCUAUCAUACUGAACUAGAAUUUAAACUAAAGCCAUUUCUUGGCGGUGCAGAAUUAAUGAAUCAAGUUGUGGGACGAAUACGCUUAGGAAAAGAGACUUUAGCUACUAUUUCGGGAUAUUGGGAUGGAUUGAUUUCAAUAACAGAUAAACGAACAGGACAAGAAAGUGUUUUCUUUAAUCCAACUCCGGAAAUACGCAAAAAAAGAUUGAAGAAAUACACGGUUCCUUUAGAAUAUCAAGGAGAAUGGGAAAGUGAAAAAUUAUGGUUGGCUGUUACACAAGCUAUUAAUAGAGAUGAUCAAGUUGCUGCUACUGAAGCUAAAACUCGACUUGAAGAAGCACAAAGGGAACGUGCUAAAGCGCGAAAAAGUUUAGGACAAGAAUGGGUUCCAAAAUACUUUGUUCAAGAUAUUAUAACUGGGAAUUGGGUUUAUCGGCAUGCUGAUGUAAGACCGUGGGAUCCAAGAAAUGAUGUAAUACAAUAUGAAGAAAAUUAUAUAGUGCGCACAAAGACUAGACAUAAAACACCUAUUAUGCGCACUGGUAGUAUUGUCUCUACUGAACCACAAUCACAGAUCCCAUUAUUACAAGCUGAAUCACGUUCCUCCUUAUCAGUGCUCAAAUCUUCAAAAAGACAGCUAUCAAAUAAUAUGCCUCUGACAGAGACAGCUCAUGAUUCUGGAAGUUCAUCUGCAGAGGCACAUACCGAUUCUAGUCAGUCUGUAGGAAAAAGAAGACGAUCAACUACCAGGAUAAUUGAUAUAAUGAAAGAAGUAGAACAUCAGAUGAUGGAACAUCAUGAGAAAUUGAAUCAUAUACAACAAAUUGUAGAGCAUAUUUUAAGGAAGCAAAGAGAAUCCGAACAUCAUAACGUAAAUAUGUUUAAGAGCUUCAUGGAUACCAUACUUAUUAUUGUUAUUGUUUUCUCCGUGCAAUAUUUUGUAAACAUGUGGAAUAAUGAUUUCACCAAGGGUUGAGGGAUUCAGUAAAAUUAUUCUCCAUAUCUUUAGUAUUAUACUCGUUACGUGUAUUACUUGCUUUCCUAUUUCCUGGAACUUGCAGUAUGGUGUCGGUAUUUUGUGGUGUAAGCAGAUCAUUUCAAAAGAAAUAUAACGAUAUAUAAUUUUCAUUCUAAAACAAUAUGUGCAUGAAACAUUUAUCGAUAUAGAAAUAAAAUAUUAAUAGAAUAUAUAUAUAUAUUAGAAAUUCUAUAUGUUACAUCCAGUGCAAUGGUAUUUUGUUAUAGUUGCAAAAAUACGAAAAUUUAAGUACAAGAACAAUCUAAAUGAGCUUAUAGCCUAUAUAAGUUUAACCUUUUCAGUCACGCAAUUCGGGAAUCUUCUCAUCAUGCAUGUCAUAAAUUUUUGGGUUGAAUUCAAAUCCGAUAUCAAAUUUCUAAUAAAAUUUAAAAUAGUGGAUUCAAUAUGGAUUCGCUAUUUUCGAUACAAAAUUUUGAUAAAAAAAAAAA